AGCAGUCAUGGCAACGUUUCAAACAAGUUGAUUUUUGAAUUAAACUUGCAGCUGUAAACACUUUUAGCAUUAGAAAUUAGUCCGACAACAUGGACAAGCCACAAAUAAUUGAACAUUUGCAUGAAGCGGUUAAUUAUACAGUGUAUGACACCAAAUGGAUACCGCUGUCCGCAAAGUUCGUAGUGCUCGGCUCCAAGCCCAACAGUCAUGGCAUAAUGGAAAUCUACGAACUGAACGAGCAGAAGCUGGAGAAGCUCAAGUGCAUCGAGAAGCAGGCGGCAUUCAAAUGUGGCACAUUCGGUGCCGCUUCCAUGCGCAAUCGUCACAUGGCCAUUGGUGACUUUGAGGGCAGAUUGCAAGUGCUUGAUCUGGAGCGUCCCGAGCUGGCGGUUUAUAAUGUUAAGGCGCAUAGUAGCAUCAUAAAUUGCAUUGAUGCUAUUGGUGGCACGCAGCUGGAGUGUGGUGCACCUGAGAUUGCCACCGGCAGUCGCGAUGGCGCCGUUAGAGUGUGGGAUAUACGUCAGGGACAAACGCCAGUGGUGGAUAUAGCGCCGCCAGCGCAAAUGGGCGAUGGCGUCAAUAGCGCGCACAUGCGUCGCGACUGCUGGGCCGUUGCCUUUGGCAACACGUACAAUUCCGAGGAGCGCAUUGUUGCCGCUGGCUAUGACAAUGGGGAUCUCAAGCUGUUCGAUUUGCGCAGCUUGAGCGUGCGCUGGGAGGCAACCAUCAAGAAUGGCAUAUGCGAUGUGGAGUUCGAUCGUCGGGACAUACCCAUGAACAAACUGGCGGUUACUACACUUGAGGGUGGACUGCUCGUCUAUGAUAUGCGCACUCAGCAUCCCAGCAAGGGAUUCUCGCAUGUCGAAGAGCGCAAUGCAGGACGCAGCGUUGGCAGCAAUGGCGUCAUCAAUGGACCCAAGGCCACAGUGUGGACUGUGCGCCAUGUGCCACAAAAUCGUGAUAUUUUCCUUACAGGCGGCGGCACUGGCUCCAUUCGUUUGUGGAAAUAUGAAUAUCCCGAUCGUCGUGUUAUUGACGAUGCGGAUGGCAACAAGGAGGGAGUUCCGGGCAAGCUGCAAAUGGUUAGUGCCGUUACGCUCAGUUCUCAGCCCGUGCACAGCUUCGACUGGCAUCCGGAUAAGCUCGGACUGGCCGUUGCCGGCGCCUUCGAUCAGAGUGUGCGCGUGCUAAUCACCACUAAGCUCAAUACGCUUUAAGUUUAGUUUAUGUAUAUAAAGAAGUUUUAAAUAAAUGUAGCUAACUUAGCUAUUAGAUAAUUA